UGCAUGGUUGGUUUAAAACCCUCCGAUAACAAUGCACUAUUUCUCCUUUACCUCUCUGGGCUUCAUCGCUGGCCUCGCCCUUUGUGUUGCUACCAAUGAUGUCCUUGAUCGAGAAAAUGGACGGCCACAUGAUUUCAUAUAUUGGCAAGACAAGCAGAAUAACAACGUGGACUACCAUGGCCUACCAGAAAACAUGAGGACUAAGUCAGCCGAAUUCCAUCACAUUGGUAACGAUGGCAUUUUGCGCGUCUUCAACGAAGCUGGCGAGGUCAUAGAUUAUGCCCACCCCUCCAUUGAUGAGUUGAAGACUAUGAUCGAAAUUUCUCCCCUUUCUCCAGAGGAAAGACAUAGUAUGCUCAACGUCUGGAGUGGCAUGGAUAAUGUUCAGAUAAGCAUGGAGCAAAUCUGGCAGCCGCCUAGGGAUCUUCUUCCUCUCAAGUUAGCGGAUCCGGAGGCCUUUGCCCGGGAGGUGAAGAAUAGAAAACAGCAACCGGCUCGGUAUCAGUCCAGUAAACCAAACCCACUUUUGCAAAGGGAGGCUCCGGGUCGUUGUCAAGAGCAAUGGUAUCUGCUAAUGAAUGAAUAUCCCCAACAAUCCCUUUUGAUAUUUUCCCCACACAUGGCCAGCAGAGUUCUAUUAUCGACACAACCUGUGGCUUCGAUAGAGACUCUCCCCAAUGAGCUUCUCGAUCAGGUCCUCUCCUACCUCUCACCAGGGCCUCCUCCGUCUUCCAGGAAGCUCCGUCAGGUACCCGCGCACAGCGUCACAUCAUCCACGGCUCUGGAUCUGAAAAAUGUCUCGCGAGCCUCGCCCCGUUUUCGAGCCCUAACGCGGCCUCUCCUCUUCGCCCACACCCGCCACGAGCUGCGGGAUCAGGAUCGCUUCCUUGACUUCCUCCGCGAACAUGAGCUUGCUCCAUAUGUGCAAUCAGUCGUUGUUUCUGUGCGAUCGAUAUUCCCCGGCAGCGAGAAACCGCUGUGGUGGGUGCGGUUAUUGGGAGAGGUCGACCCUCGCCAUCUCACCGUCAUUGCGCCACCAUAUAUGUUUGCACAUAUGGCGCUCUGUCAUUUAGACGGCGUGCAUUCCUGGGCUUUCGAGUUGCCACUUCAAACAAUACAGUUCCAUCGGCCGGCUCAGCGGUCUGUCCCCCUUCCGAACCAUGGAUCGGAUGACACGCUCUUCAGCGCUCGACCGUGGACGGAAAUCCUGUUCAACGAAGGUUCUUCUUUGAGAGCAUACAGCAACUACGAGUACUAUCUUCUCCGCGUCCCCUCAAUUAUGGAUCACUGGGGCUCUGUCGACCCUCUCCAAUCCAAAGAACUGCCCUACCCUGUCGCUGCCAUUUCGCGCCUGACAUCCUUCCAUUAUAUCGCCGUUUUCCCUUUCUACAACCACACGAAUUUGGUCCUCAAGGUGAUACGCAACAUGUCGAAUCUCCGCCAUUUGAGCUUUCAACUUGCACCGCAGCCUAACAGCACAAUAUUUGAGGAUGAGCAGCGCGCUGGGACGCUGGAUCCCAACGACCCAUGGAUGGAACUGGAUACGAGCUAUUCACUGAUUUCGCACUCCGUCAGAUAUCUGGGCGUCCAGGGGAAGUUGGUUGAGUUUCGGUGUUUCGAUUUCGAGCUUGAAGCCCUGAGAGAUAAUCUGGUUUCUAGAAUCGGAUCGAAUCUGAAAGGGAAGUGGGCCCACCAGGGAGACGGACUGUGGCUGAAAUUAUAA